AGCGGCCAAGGUGUUGUUAGUCAGUAUGGUUAGGAGCCGGAGCAAGAAGACGCACGAGGGAAGACAGUCGUGGAGUAUAGAUUUUUUUUCAGAAAAUAGAGGCUGUUUCACUAAAUAUUGUUGAAAGAAAGAGUUUGGCGCAAGGAUUAGGCGUUUCUGCCUGAAAAUUCCGUCUAUAUUAUCGAGUCGAAAUGGACUUUAUUUGAUUGCACCGGAGGCGCGUUUCCUAAAGGUACACUGGGAGUGAAUUUCAGUGGUGGCAAGAUUAUCAGAUGGCGCUUCUAUCAUUGAUUGGCAUUGGAUAUUGAUGAGGUAGCUUACAUUUUCCCGUGUGAUCGACUUGCGUUGGAGGAGCUUCCAUAGCGACCAUGACGCACAACUGCCCUCUUUACAUCAGCGUUCUGUGUCUGCUCCUGCUGAUGCGCGCACAAUCGGUGCGCGCUGCCUCCAAGGCCAUCGUGUGUGAACCCAUCACGGUCCCCAUGUGCAAGGGCAUCGGCUACAACCUCACCUACACUCCCAACCAGUUUAACCACGACACUCAGGACGAGGUUGGGCUGGAGGUGCACCAGUUCUGGCCGCUGGUGCGCAUCCACUGUUCCCCUGACUUGCUCUUCUUCCUCUGCAGCAUGUACACCCCUAUCUGCAUCCCGGACUAUCGCAAGCCUCUGCCCCCGUGCCGCUCUGUGUGCGACCGGGCCAAGCGCGGCUGCUCCCCACUGAUGAGCCAGUAUGGUUUUGAAUGGCCCGAGAGGAUGAGCUGCGAGGGGCUGCCAGAGCUGGGUGAUGCUGACCGCCUCUGUAUGGACCGGAACAGCAGUGAUGUCACAACUCUGUCCCCAGGCCCGGCCUUCCCCCCGAAGCCUACCCCCAAGGCCCCCCACCGCAACCCAGCCCGCCGCAGGCCGCCUCUCCUGCCCAAACCCCACCACCAGGACUGUGAACAACGCGGCUGCCGCUGUCGCCACCCCCUGGUGUCUGUCAAGACUGAGGCCCGCUCACUGUACGGCCGCGGCGUCCACACAGGCCCCGUGGAGAACUGCGCCCAGCCCUGCCGUCAGCCCUACUUCUCCCCGGAUGAACACGCCUUCACCUCCCUCUGGAUCGGCCUGUGGUCGGUCCUCUGCUUCGUCUCGACCUUAACUACUGUGGUCACGUUCCUGAUUGACCGCGACCGCUUCUCCUACCCCGAGCUGCCUAUCGUCUACCUGGCUGCCUGCUACCUCUUCAUCUCCCUGGGAUACAUGGUGCGGCUGGCGGCGGGCCACGAGCGUGUGGCGUGCUCCGAGGACGGCGGGCACGUGCUGUAUGAUGCUUCGGGCCCUGCCGGCCUGUGCACCUUGGUGUUCCUGCUGGUCUACUUCUUUGGCAUGGCCGGCGCAAUCUGGUGGGUGGUACUCUCGCUCACCUGGUUCCUGGCGGCGGGCAUGAAGUGGGGCAACGAGGCCAUCGCCGGGUACUCGCAGUACUUCCACCUGGCCGCCUGGCUGGUGCCCAGCGUCAAGACCAUCGCCGUGCUGGCCCUGAGCGCUGCAGACGGAGACCCUGUGGCAGGGAUAUGCUACGUGGGCAACCAGAGUGUGGAGAGCCUGCGGGGCUUUGUGCUUGCACCCCUGGUGGUCUACCUCUUCACAGGCUCCCUCUUCCUCCUAGCGGGAUUUGUAUCGUUGUUCCGCAUCCGCAGCGUCAUCAAGCAGGGGGGGACCAAGACGGACAAGCUGGAGAAGCUGAUGUUAAGGCUGGGCCUCUUUACGGUCCUCUACACGGUCCCUGCCGCGGUGGUGGUGGCCUGUCUGGUGUAUGAACAGCACCUCAGGCCCCAGUGGGACAGGGGCCUUUCCUGCUCCUGCCAGGCUGAGAGAGAGAGGCUCGGCCUAGGGCCGGACCACGCCAUCUUCAUGCUGAAGUACUUUAUGAGCCUGGUGGUAGGGAUCACCUCAGGGGUGUGGGUGUGGUCUGGGAAGACUCUGGAGUCGUGGAGAAGGUUUCUGGGGAGAUGCUGCUGUUCAUGUCCCUGCUGGGGCCACAAACGGUCCAGCGCGUCAGUGUACAGCGAGGCCAGCACAUCCCUCACGACACGCACCGGGCUGCUCCCCUCGCAGUCUGACCACAAGUCCCUGUCGCACCCAUCUGUGUGACCAGACUGGCUGGAUGGACGCCUGUCAGACUCAUGGUGCUCCACAUAGUGGCUGUCGGAAAAAACUAGAUGGAUGUUCAUUUAACUUAUUGAACGGAUUGUAAAUUAUGGAAACUAUUGUCUUCACAUAAGGACAUUUAAACAAACUGUGGAAGUAUAGAAGAGUAUUUUGUAUUAUAUUUCCUCGUUCUCAUUCUAGACUCAUUGCAGGAGAUUUCCCCUGAAGUUAAAUUAUCUGGAAGGGGGAGAAAGUACACCUCAAUGUAUCUAGGAUUUUUAAAAUGACAUGUUUUGCUAAUCCAAUCAACAGUUAUGUCAUUAACCUAGAGAUAACUAAGUGGCAUGGUAUUCUUCUAUGCGUAAUGAAGAUGGAGAAUUGCUAUUUGUCAUUUUAUUUAGAAGUGGCCAUCCUAAAAGGACAUAUCACUCUUGAAAUGUUUAUGGACACAGUAACGCCUUGUUAGGAUGAAGAAAUUUCAAUAUGAAGUCAGUUUAAAAAAAACAGAUGAAUUGAGAGAAGUGUCACCACUCAAUGUCUUUUGUUUUACUCUUCCUGUUAAAUUGAUAUCCCAAGUAUACACAAAGGGUGAAAAGGUGUUUUAACUUUAAGGCAUUCAAGGAGUUGGUCUGAUUGGAAUCCAUAAUGUCAUCGUUUUCAACCUUGCUUGAGGAGCAAUACAGAUCCCCCCCACUUGUGCUAUGUCAUUACUUACCUGGACCACCUAUUUAGACAUGCCUUUAAAUCAGGUGAAAAGGAGACUGGAGUGCCUCUUUAAAAAAGGUGCAACUUCCCACUUCAGAAACAACUGUUGUAGCCUCUUCUGCCUCCAUGUGGUGGGUUCUAGUAAUUACAGCACAAACUUGUUUUUCUCUGCAAAUGUGUGAACCAUAAUCUACCUCUUAGUAAAACUACACUGGGAUUUCAUUUUCUCCACUACAUCAAGGGUUGUAUUAUCGUCCCAUUUAUCAAAUGGCCUUUAAAGUCUUAAAUACCUAAUAAAUCAACCGAAUGGAUCAGUGUA